GUUAAGCAAGUUCCUUCAAUUCAAUCCUCGAAGUUACGGUUUGUCUGUGCCGAUUGCAAUAAGUGAGUCGAUCGAUUGGAUGAAACAACUUCCUUUGGAUCCAUCUUACAUCACGAUCAGUUUCCUCAAAAACAUCAAUCCUUCUCUUUGCUAUUGGCUUAACUCAAUCUCUCGAUUGGGUUAAGCAAGUUCCUUCAAUUCAAGCCUCGAAGUAACAGUCUCCCCCCUGCUGAUUGGAUCAAAGCAGUUUCCGCCAGAACUAUGACAAACAGAUUCUCAACAAUAUUUUUAUCAUUGACGAGUGAAGGUUAAAUAAAAAAAGGAGAGAUGCUCAAAUAAGUUGUUUCGAACUUCGAAGUCGGUCGCCAACAUAUUCCAAUUGCUUUCAUCGUUCGUGUAAUACCAGUACGAAAGGAAUGAGUUCAGAAAUCUUGCACCUGUAAUCUCCGUCCAUAAUUUUUGUUUGGCUUCAGCUUGAAAUGCAAGAAACUAAGUCAAAAUUUCCUAAUAACGAGUACAAAGUAUUCAGAAGGUGAGACUUCUUCGUCCGUGACAAAACUUGGCCUUUCUUCAUCGAGAAGUGAUUUGGACUGCGCGAUAGGGGUAGAACCCACCGGCGAUCCCCUCGUCGUUUCCAGAUGCGCCACGAGGACCUCUUCGCUCCGGGUCCGGAUGCAGAUAAAGGGAACUGCUUUGGAGUCCUCCCCCGCAUUGUCUCCCGGACUUUCGCCGCCGCGUUUGUCUCCGCGUCCUCCAGCGCUCUGCCCCGAGAGGCUCGUAACGUAGGCACCGGCGGCCUCCAUCAUCCGGGCCAGCUCCAGGGGGUUGCCGAGGACACGCAAUAUCCUUGUGCCGGAUCUUCCGAUACGACCGAUCUGUGCGGGACUCGGGCUGAGUCCUAGCGUCUUGGAUGCCAACGGCGACCCCGUAACAGUAACCGUCGUUUCGGUUCUGGAGAAACUCUAGUUGAGGGGCCGAUGUUUACAGCCGAGUCCACCAGGGGUCCUUGUGUGGUUCUUUUAAUGGCCGAGCAAUGUCCCGCCAACAACCGGGGAAUGCUUUGAUGCCAACGGCGACCCCGUGGCCUUCGUUUCGGUUUUGGAGGAAAUUCGUUUGAGGGGCCGCGUCCAUUGCGGAUCUCUUCCAAUACGACGUCAUUGUGUGGUUCUUCGGUACAUCUGUGGUGCCGACGGCGACGGUGUUGUCCAUAGGGGCUUGUAGCAUGCAUAGAUUGUUAGAGGCUUGCCAAUUGCAUACCAAAGUCUCCAGCUCACCCAUUUUCUCUUUUCAUUCAUCGACAUCUACCAGUCUCCGAAAGAAUGAAACUCUCUGCCAUUUGUGUCGCCGCCAUUGCUGUCGCUGUUCACGCGGGUGAUGAUUUCGACUGUGGACAGUGUGAACUACCAAGAAAAAAGAUCGAUGGCAGUAUUGAUUACCGUCAGUUUUAUAACAAGGUCAAUCAAGCGAUCGAGAACAGCGAGGACAUCCGUUGCUGGGACACCUCCGACGUCACGGAUAUGACGAGUGCUUUUACAGAACGAUAUUCGCGCGGAUUCAACGGCGCUCUGAACUGCUGGAACGUGUCGAAGGUUUCUAAAAUGAGAGGAAUGUUUUCGGGGGGAUCCGUGUUCAACAACCCAUCCAUCGUAGGGUGGGAUACUAGUUCUGUCACUGACUUUUAUGCUAUGUUUGAAAACCAUAAAACGUUUAAUCAGGGGCUCGACUCUUGGGAUAUCUCAAAACCAAACGACGAAGGUAAUUUUGAAGAGAAGUUCAAUAGAAUGUUUAAUAAUGCCGAGCAAUUCAAUCAGUGCCUUCCCUCUUGGAAGAAAGCAGCGGAUGAAGAUGCCACGGGCGAUAUGCACCAUAGAUUCGCAGAUGGUUGGAAAUGGAUGAAGAUUUUUUUGGGCACGAGUUGUGACAGUGGAGAGUUAUUUUGCCGGGAUCUAUCUACAUGCCCCACUCCUAGUCCCAUUGUCAAACCCAUUGACCAGUGGGAACUCAUUGCUGCCGAAAGAUACGAUAAUCACGCACACAUCCGAUCAUUGGAACCCCUUUCAGGUUUCGUCCUUUUUGAGUACAACAAGGACAACAAAGUACUACCAAACGUAGAGAUCUACACCAUGCCUGACAACGGGAAAGAAUGUAGCGAGGGAAAAAAACUUACCGAAGAUGAUGUCAUUGAAUACGAAUCGGAUAAAAGUGGCCUCAUGGUAAUGUGGAACAGCACCACUGCCGAUGGCAAAGCCAUUUAUUCUGCCAUGGAACAACCAGGCAUGGAAGAAAUAGUUGAAUUUAUGACCUCUGACAGAGAAAAUUGUGCAAUCGGUGAGUUGCUAGUUGGGAAGGAUACGUCACAAAAAAGUGAACAUGGUUGUUGUGUUUCUCACCAUUUUAAACCUGACCAAUUUAAUGUCUUUCGCGGUGUUUAGGAGUAGCUCCAUUUGGUAUUAAAGACUACGAGCACAAGGACAUCUACAAAAAGAUCGACGACAAUACCGCGGAGGCUAAAUUUUGUAAGUUGCCCUGGAUAUACUGAGCCCAACAUGCAUCUGGUUUGUUAUCUUUUGUGUUUCUGAAUCCGUUUCUUUUCACAUUUCAGGUGUCAGAACAGUCUACUACUAUCAGUUUUGGAAGGAAUCCAAUAGAAACAAUGUUCACCAACCUGUUUCAUUCAUUGAUUCCAAGUUGACCAUAACAAUUGACCUAACAGCAAAGUUUAAUUCCUUCACCUUAACAGAGGUGGAUAUCUCUGGCACUGCGGCCACCGACGCUAGUGCAGAGGCAACGAAGGAGAUCAGUGUCACCGCAGCGUUGUGUGGCGACAACACAGGUCCGUUCAAGGUUGGUCAAGACUUUAAAAUUUGUGUGACAACCGAUGAUUCUGUCACAGAUUAUUUCAUCACUGAUUUCAGGGACGUGGUUUGUGAGAACGAGCAUCAGGGCCGAAUGAUUGUGAGUAUUGAUGGUGAAACUGACACUCUCACCGAGGUAAACUGGGAUGAUGAUGACAACCACGAGAAGGCCACCGGAUUUACUAGCGUUGUUACUGCAGGAUUCUUCUCCAAUCCCGAGUCUCCAAAUCCAACUUCUUUUACUUGCUUUGGCAGUGCGGUUCUGAAAUACACGGGAUCUGAUGGAAGACCAACCCAACGCCCAAGACCAACCCAACGCCCAACCCCAACCCAACGCCCAACCCCAAGACCCCCACUCCGUCGUCUUGGAGACAACGGCAGCACUAAAGCACAGAGCUUUUCAUUUUCUAGGGUGCGCGACUUACAGGCAUCAGGAAAGGAAGCAGAGGGUGUAUUUUCUGCCAGAGUCUCUGUUGUGCCAGACAGUGUUGACAUGGAUGUGUUUGCUGCCUCUGAUGUUAAAGCUAAAAGCAGGAGCAUUGUACCUGCUGCUGGCGCCUUGGUCAUCGCCAUGUUGCUUUAAGCAAAUGAAGUUUCGAAGAGGAACCAAGAUGAAUAAAAUUAAAAUAAUGCA